AUGGAGAACCGGGCCCUUCGGCUGCCACGGGCGGAACCGUUGCUUCAUGUGCCUGUUUCGGCUAUCGUCGAGUUCGUAUCCAACAGAAGCGAGGCUGAAGUGCUGCUCCGUAUCGGAGACCUGGGUCACGAGUUCGACCACCUGACGCGCACCCUUGUGCAGUGGCUCGAGCACGAGCAGCACCUGACGGCUGAUGGCUGUCUGCAGGAGGAGCAACAGCCGGUGGAGGACUCAGGAGAGUCGCUGGUCUUGUCUCUCGUCCCCCUCGCACACCAGGCGCGGGUGGUCAACAGACACGGAGUCAGGGUGCUGCAGGAGAAGAUAACCGAGUGCCUGCAGCAGCUGCAGAGAUACAUGGACGCCGUCCAAGUUUUCGCCAACCAGAAUGCUUCCUUCUCGCAAGAGCUGCGCCUCUGUGGUCUGGGGGAUCGCGCCGAGCAGCGUCGCCGAUUAGCGGAGACCGAGUCGGCCCUGGUACGUCGGCUUGCUAAGUUUCUCGGUGGUUGCGACAGCUUUUACGACGAACAGCCGCUGCCCUUGGCGAUGCAGUUCGCCGCCGCAGAAGAAGCGGCCGCGAGGACAGCAGUCCCGCCGGCGGAGACGGAGGCCGUUAAAUUCAAGCAACCGGCACCGGUAGUAGCUCCCCGAGAAGGAGCAGCGGCAUCCUUACCAGUAGCAGCGCCACAGGAGGAGGAGGAGGAGGUGGUGGUGGAGGAGGAGGAGGAGGAGCAUAGGAAGAAAAAGCGGCACGCCGGCGCGGGGGCGGGAAAGUCGUGCCCGGCGGACGGCCACGACGAUGAACCGAAAAGCAACCUCGGCAGCCGUACGGCUACUACUGGGGGCGCUGCGGGGCGCAAACGCCCCUUGCCACCGACAGGAAGUCGUCAAGACCUUGGGGACCGCGACGACGGCGGCGGCCGGGGGCGCAAGCGGAAGGAGAGGGAAGAGGAGACGGCCGCCGCGGCAGGGAGCGGAGUGGGUGGGGUCGCGGCUGGCAGCGUUUUGAGAGGCGCACGCGGUGCCGCCGCUGGCACUGAAGGCGCAGCCAACGACGGAAGAAGUGCGAUGCUCGUGUCAGGCGAUGGUGGUGCUUCAGGGUUUGUGUUGCGGGUGCCGGGCGAAGCAGCGGAAGACGGCGGAGACGCUCAAGCAGGCGUAGCCGUGGCGGCGGCGCGAGGGGGGUUGCGCGCGUGCUCGGCUGAAAAGCCACCGAAGCUGAAGCGGCAGCGGCAGCAGCAGCAGCAGCAGGCAAGCGAGGCACCACGAGCCGACGAGGUAGCAGGGAUGCAGGAGCGUGGGCGGAAGAGCGGAGGAGUAGAGGAGGAAGAACACGAAGAGGAGGAAGAGGAGGAGGGGAAGGAGGAAGAGGAGGAGGAGGAGGAGGAGGAAGAGGAUAUGCCCGACACGGCGGAAACGGUGGAGGAUAGCGUGAUCCCGGAAGCGGCAGUGGGGCCGCGGUGCUGGGGAUCACAGGAUGGCGCAGAUGAAGCGGGUGGGACCGAUCCCGAAGCGGGCGUGAUGGGCGGCGGUGGCAGUGCACGAGUAGGGCGGCGGGCUGGUGAGGCGGGGCGCGAUAGUGCAGACCACGCACCCCGAUAG